AUGUUUCUGAAGCGCUUCUUCCCUGCCAAGCCCAAACAUCAGGACUUUGACGCGCCCGAGGACCUCAAAGUCAAGUGUGCUCUCGUCGGCAACGCCAAAUCAGGCAAAACAGGUGACGAUAGAACAGAGCAGCACCGUGCCAAUGCCAUUCUGCCACCCAUCUCCAUCAUUCAGCGGUAUUCAAGCGGUAUCUGAUCAAUGAAUUCGACGAUGAGUACAUCCACACGGAGAAGGCGCAGCUGGGCUCCCGUGUGUGUCUGAUCAACGAGCCGCUGCUGGCCACUCUGACAGUUGAGCUGUGGGACACCCCCGAGGUCAUUGAGGACCCCAACCAGAUACACAGGGUCUUCAGCGACGCACACGUGCUGGUCAUCUGUGUGGACGUCUUGUCGGGCGGCGUGGUGGACUUUGUCAAUGCGUGGAUAGAGAACGAGCUCGUGCAGUACUACGUCAAGGAGAACCAGCCGAUCAUAUGCGCACUCAUCACCAAGGUGAGCCGUUCAAAAGAGAGAGGGAGACAUUCUCUCUUACCUUGUGUCUCUUCUUCUCGUGUGUUCAGUGCGAUUUCUGUGCCCCGUCCCAAUUAGAGAGCCUUGCCGUCGAGCUGGACGAGCUGGUGCGGGACCCCAACAAGUCCCUCGACCUCUGGGUGGCCGUGUCAGCCAAAGACAAGUCAAACCUGGAAGGACAAACGUACGCACACGAGACACAGAGGGAGGGAGGGAGGGAGGCAGGGAGGGAGGAAGACACAUGUCUCUGCGCUUGGUUGUGUCGUCAGGGACAUCUUCAAGCGUCUCUCUCGGAUGAUCUUGAUGCGCAUAGUCGAGGAGCGGCAUCGGCUGCGACACCAGGUGUCGUACGACGCCAACAGGGGCGACUUUGAGCUCCUGCACCAAGCACUCUUCAAGAAGAAAUCCACCAGAAAGUGACGAAUGGGCUGGCCAGUGGAGUGUGGCCUCGCUGCUGCUGCUGCUGCUGCUUGUGGCCUUUGCUGCGGGGAAGCUGUUAUUGCUGUCCGCUGGGGGUCGUGGCGUGGGGGAUUUGGUGGGUAAGUCGACGGUGCGUGUAAACCUUCUCUUUCU